AUGAAUCAAAUAUAUCAAUGUUAAACUCACAAAGAAAUAUUAGUUGGAUAUAAUAUAGAAAAUUCUGAUAUUGUAAGACCAAUUUGUUCCCGUUGUAUUCCUUCUCUUAGUAAAGGAUACUUUGGUGAAUAAAGAUAUCUUAAUUUCGAAUAAGCUACAUAAUUACUUGAUUAAUUAAAAUAAGCUGGAUUAUCACAAUAUAAAUCAGAAAUCCUUGAUCAAUUUCAACAGACUAUUAAUUAGUUAUAUACUCAAUUAAAAUUGCUUUAUAAUCAAAUUUCUGUUGUUUUUGAUUUGAUUAUUCAAUCAGAUCCAUAAUAAGAAGUAUUGGAUUCUAAAGAUCCGAAAUAAAUAGCUUAAGUAUUACAUGAGAAUUGUCAAUAUGAUAUUCAUUAAUAAAAAUAUAAGAUUAAGUCUUAAAAUGCUAUUCAUAUUAGAUUCAAUAAAAUAAUUUCAAAGUCUUAACAUCAUAUGAAUGAAUGUUUUGAAAGUAUCAAUUAAUAACUCAAUUCACUUAAGAAAGAAGAAAUAGAAUUAUCUUAAUAAACUAAUAAUCAUAAAAAUAAUUAUAAAAGUUAUAAGGAAUUAUUUAAAUUGAAUACAAAGGUAUAAUAAGUUAAAUCUCUUGCAUAUCAUGAUAAAUAUAAAUAGUUAUUUUGUGUUGAUUAAGAUAUCAAAAUAUUGUAAUUUGAUCUUAAAACAAAAUAAUUAAUAUAAGAAUAUUCUGCUCAUUAUGAUAAAAUUUCAGCUCUUUUAAUUGUAAAUGAUACAUUAAUAUCAACUGCUAUAGAUAAAUCUUUAAUUAUAUGGAAUAUUAUUAUUGGUGGAAAAGCAGAAGUUAAAAAAUAAAUUACUAUCAAAUCUACAAUUCUUUAAUUAAUAAAAUAUAAAAAUUCAUUUGCCUCAAUUAAUAGUGAUAAGGUAUUAGCAUUUUGGAAUGAUACUACAUGUGUAAAUGAAUUAAAAAAUAAAGUUGAAAUUACAAGUAUAGAUUGUAAUUAGGAUUAUAGUUAAAUUGCAAUAGGAUAAAUUGAUGGAAUUAUUAGAAUUAGAAAAGAAAAAUUUAAUAUAAAAAUAGAAAGUCAUUUCGAUUGUGUUAAGGCACUUAAAUUUAUAAAUGAAUCAUAUUUAGUAUCAGGAGGAUGGGAUAAAUAAAUUAAAAUAUGGAUGGAAUUAAAAAAUGGAGAUUAUAGUUGUAUUUAAACAAUUUACGAUCAUAAUUCAUAUAUCAAUUUUAUAGAAUAAGUAGGAGGAUAUCUUAUAUCUUCAGAUGAUGAUAAAAUUAUUAAAAUUUGGUAAUAAGAUAGAUAAUGGAAAGAAGUAUCUUAGAUAGGUCGUUAUCCUUUAGUUACAGCUAUGCAUGUUUAUUAACGUAUUUGUUUCUUGGGAUUUGAUGAUUCUUCAAUUCAAGUACUUUAAUUUAAUUGA